AUGUCUGCCACAACGGGCACUUUUCCGACUCCGACAAACCAUUAUACUGAUGCCGGGGAUGGUGGUGCGCCGGGCGUCGAUGCAGGUACCGAGGCCGGCGCCGCCGGCGACAGCUCAAAAAAUUCAAUCAACCUCUCCACUGGAGGCAUGAUUGCCAUUAUUGUCGUCGUGGUCGUCGUUGUCAUUAUUGGCGAGGCUAACGAGUGUAUUUUAGUUUCGACCGCUACCCUCUUCUUCAUCGCCAAGAAGAGGGAAUGGAAAGUCCGCGAAACACUUCGACGAUCGGCGCGAAAAGUUGCUGCAGCUCUCACUCCACGCAGGUCACAAUUUCCAGAUUCAGUCAAGCGCUCCAUGCAAGCACCGAAACCCAGUCGCUCGCAGACAGCCAGCAGCCGAGACGGCAUCGUUAGAUCAUCCAUCGAGGACUUGGAGAAAGGGUACCAGCAAAAGGACAACGGCAAGAAAUCGCGGAGAUAA